AAGUUAAAAUCUGGCAUAAACAUACUAAAAUAAAAAGCUUCGUCCAUGUAGUUGAAAAAUCACAAAAACUUAGAAAAUCUAUUGAAGGUCUAGCAUAAAAAAAUUGCGUAGCAGUGGUUUAAGUUGAUCGUCACAAUCAUGGAAGACAUUCGCGACUUCUAUUAAGAGAAUAGGAAACCUCGCAUUCCUUAUCUCUCAGUCGUGCUAUUUAUAUAUGCCAAUAAAUGGCAGACAAAAAUGAAUGGGAAACUCUAUUGGAACUGGAAUUUCAUUAUAACAAAAGAAAAUGUAACGAAUGCACUCCAUUUCCAAACAGAACUAUUGCCUGCAUUUCCAAAAAGAGUAACUUCACUUCCCUCUCCGUCAAGAGUUCAUUAGUAUGUGAAGAAGCAUCUUUUUUGUUCGAAAUGCUUAGUGGGAUUAGAAAGCAUUUCUAUUUUCACUCUUCUACAAUACAAAGAAUCCUCUUUCGCUUUAAUCUAAAAAAAGCUUUGGCAUAAUAAUUCAACAUACCAAUGAAGAUAAGUAGUUAUUAAAUCUAUCCUAUUUUCUUAUUAAAAUAAUAUCCAAUAAAAGCAGCACGUGUCGCAGAAGUAAUCUUCGAUAAGCAGCGCUUGCUUCCUAACAUAUACUGAAGAAAAAUAAGUAGUGACGCAAAUACUAUCGCAAGCUGCGUUUACGUUUAUUACUAAAUUUUGAUCGUUAAAAUCAGCUAAGAACAUAUAUAUAUAUAUAUACAAAAUUUAGCACACACAUAUACAGGUUUUUACACCAAAAGAAGGCGUAAAGAAGGGAGUAAAAGAAUAGUUUAGAUUAAGAAUUUAUUCGUUUUAUUCGUCCUAACCAUAAAAACAACCGAGGUAGAUAAAUAAAUAAAGAUAUGGGGCGCCUGGCCUUUUCUAAAAUAAGAACGGUUAUGGAUGCCUGUCUUUUCUUCUUUUUUCUUUCUAACACAGCCGAGACUAGUCAUAUAGGAGACCAAUCAACAAAUUACUUGUUGUUUUAUCGACUCGAGAAUAAUAUAAUCGCUUCUCUUCUAUUUUUGUUAAUUAUUCUUUACUUCGACAUCGUUAUUUUGAUUUUUUUUUUUUUUUAAUUUAAAAAUGAAUGACAAUAAACCAUAAGUUAAUAGGUCAAAUGAAAAGUGCACAGUUUUCUAUACUCCAUGUGCAUGGUUAAACUAAUAAAUGAAAAUGUGCCUACACCAAACACUGUACAAUUCAUGUCCAAAUUCGCUUCGCUUUUGUUGACAUGAAAUUCAUCAUGUCGUUUAUUUGCGUAUAUUAUUCACAAGACACCGUUGAAAGCCGGAAUAAUAAAAAUGUAAAACACAAAAGUUGCAAAAUAAAUGAAAAUAGCGCUGAUACGAACAUAUUCUUAAAGCAAAGUGCAGUCAAACACACAUAUUGUAAUAUAUUGUAAAAGAAAUUGUAAUCGAAAGAAAAGAAAUAUUUGAAACAGAAUAUAUAAAAAGUUUGCUUUGUAUUUGUUGAUUAGUUUUAGUCUAACAUAUGAAAUGAGAUCACGCUCUAUCUGAAAAUCGGAUCUAAUUCAAUAAAAUUAAUCACACAUUCACAUAGUGUACACAAAACGGUUAAUUGAUUAAUUAACAUUGAAAACUAUUCCUGAACAAAUAAGAUGGAAAUAAAACUUUUAAAAAAUCUUACAGAAUACGAGUCGGAGAAGUUGGUUAAAUUUAGAAGUCUUGUCAUAUUUUCCAAAAAGCUACGAAUGGGCAAGUAUGCAUUAUUUAUUACGUUAUGGGUGCUAUAUUUCGUGUCAAUAUUAUUGAUGUUGGGAGACUUACUACUAACGGAGCUCAACAUAUAUGUUUUAGGAUUUUACGCACUAACGAAUGCCACCUUACUUUAUCGACUAUUUGGUGUUUGCUGGUGUACUGUAAUUUUUCAUGGUUUGAUACCGUUGGCGGUCCUUAUCUUUAUGAUUGUUGUCCAUUGGUUUGAUGAUCUGAAGGCUUUUCUGGUUUCAAGUAUUGUGAUACCGUUGGCUAUACAAAUAGUCCUCGCCAUACCAUUAGUGUUAUUACGUUGCCGUCGUGAUUGCAACUUGCAAGCCUUACUAACUGGAAUUCAUGCUCAUCUCGGCUUAAUGGUUAUAAUAAUCUAUUUUUGGACUGCAUGCUUUCUUCUGAGGCGCAAUAUGGCGGCUGCCUUAUUAUGCAUGCUCUAUAUGCUCGUCUAUCUAGCAAUAAUACUUACACCUCACCUGUACGGAGUUACACGACAACUGUUCGAAAAAUAUAUACCAAAGUUCAAACGGAAGGUAAAAUCAAAGAACGAUAAGAAAAAGAAAAAAAAAACGAAACUAAAUCCCGAACAAGCGGCUCCCUCCCGUAAUUAG